UGUAACAGCCCCUCUUCUGACGCCGCAACUCACUUCGUAUGGAAACGACCCGACGCCUCUCUGGGUCUCUUGCUCGGUUUCUUCUUAGGGAACUCUGUCAGCAUCUUCGUCUUGGCUCAGCUCAGCCCGCCUUAUCACAACCUAGCUUAGAAGCACAGUGAUCCCACAUCAAUCGGAUCACACCUUCGACAAAGUCCUUCCCACCCUUCUUUGAUCUACCCUCUUUUUUUCCCUUUUUUCUCUCUUCUUCUUCUUUUCCGUUUCCCUAAUUCCUUAUGAAUUCACUGAACAACCUGAAUUCCCGUUUAAGAGGCCUAGGAUUAGGUAAACGGAAAUCCACCGCCAGUAUCCCCUCAAGUACGCCUGAACCACAACGGCCUGCGACCUCGACCCCGACCUCAACCCCUCCACCGCAAAUAACGCAGCAGUUCCCACAAGCCCAGGCCCAAGCCCAACCCCAUCCUUAUCCUGGUCCCGCCGCCCCCUCUAUAACAGCUUCGUCCUCCCAGACGAGCCUCCCGAUAAUGAACCAUCCCGGCGCUGGACCACGUCCACCCAGCUAUAAUACUACAAAUUUCCAACCUGGUCCUCAACCUCCUGUUGGCCGCACAAGCCCUUUAACAAACGGACCAGCUCGCACACCGCCGUCGCAAAUGGUUGGCGGCCCCCCUCCCAUCAAUACCGGUGCUCCUGUCUCCGGCUACCCUCCUCAGAUGCACGUCCCCCCGGGCUCGCAACCUCCCCCAGGAGUUGCUGGUGGUCCUCCUGGCUACGCUGGUUACCCGCCACCUGCUCCCGCUCCUCAACCGACCAACGCUAUGCAGUCCUAUGGUAGGCCGGCUGCUGAAGUCGAAGGGAACAGCAGAAGUAAGGCACAGUUGAUCGUCGGAAUUGACUUCGGUACGACAUUCUCUGGCGUUGCUUUUGCGUUUGCGACAAAUAACGAGGCGAAGGAGGAUAUCAUCACAGAAUGGCCUGGUGCUGGAUCAUACACGAAGCAAAAGAUACCUACUGUUCUUUACUACGACCAAUAUCAAAAGGUUGUUGGAUGGGGCCCAGAUAUUGCUGAUGCCCUGGCACCUACAGGAUACCCGAAACCCGGUGUCCAAAAGGUCGAAUGGUUCAAACUCCAGCUUAUGCUGUCAGGUAACACCUACAUCGACCCCAUUAACCUUCCGCCACUACCUCCCGGAAAGUCGGAAAUCGAUGUAGCCGCAGACUACCUGUUUAAACUGCGGCAAGCUAUGCGCACGGCGCUACAGAAGACAUUAGGUGAGGUGUUCAAUCGAGAGGAACGAAAUAUUCGCUACUACCUGACUGUGCCGGCUAUUUGGAACGAUGCCGGCAAAGCUGCUACGCGAGCUGCUGCUAUCCAGGCCGGCUUCCUCAGGGACGAGAACGACAACAGAUUGACGCUUGUUAGCGAGCCCGAGGCCGCGUCGCUUUUCUGCGCCAAGACUGGCUUGCUUAAUUUGAAGGUUCACGACGCUAUAUUGAUUGUCGAUUGCGGUGGUGGUACUGUUGAUUUGAUUGCAUAUGAAGUCGAAGAUGAGAAUCCAUUCACAGUCGCGGAAUGCACGGCGGGUUCUGGUGACUCUUGUGGUUCCACUGCCCUCAACAGGAAUUUCAGUAACAUUCUACGCACUAAGAUCCGAAAGAUGAAGUUACCAGACGGAUCUAAGACGGCCGGUCGUGUGUACGCCAAAUGUAUUAUGGAUUUUGAGAACAGAAUCAAGGCCGAUUUCAGGAAUAACGGCCAAAAGUGGGCUGUUGAUGUUGGUAUUGAGGCUGAGUUCCCAGAGGCCGGUAUUGAAGAAGGUUACAUGACUUUUACUAACGAGGAAAUCCUUCAAUGUUUCGAGCCCGUCGUAAACCGGAUUUUGGAGCUCGUACGAAACCAAAUCAUCGCCAUCCAAGCUCAAAAUAGGACUCUACAAAACAUUUUGGUCGUUGGCGGUUUCGGUGCUUCCGAAUACCUCUUCCAACAGAUCAAACUACAUGUCCCUCCCCAGUUCCAGUCCAAGGUUGUGCGACCUAUGGACUCUGUGGCCGCCAUUGUUAAGGGAGCCGUCACCGCAGGCAUUACCGAGCGAGUUAUCACGCACCGUGUAGCUCGUCGCCAUUAUCUUAUGGCAACUCUGCAACCCUUCAAGGAGGGCUACCAUCCCGAAGCAUAUCGUGUGCCAUCUCUAGACGGCAAAGACAGAUGCAAGUUCACCCGGCAGAUUUUUGUGCAAAAGGGCCAGAAAGUCAAGAUCGGCGAGCCAGUUAAGGUAUCAUUUUUCCGACAAGUGGCCCCGGGUGCUACGCUUAUGUACGAAGACAUCCUAUACGCUUGCGACGAGGAUGUCUGCCCUGAGUACACCAAAGAUCCUCGUAUAAAGGAAGUAGUUACUCUCACAUCCGACCUGUCACGCAAGAACCUCGAAAAAGAUUUCGAGCGUAUGGACACGCCGCAGGGUACAUUUUACCGAGUUUAUUUCGACAUCUAUCUCACUCUGGACGGCUCGGAAUUCAGUGCUGAACUGGUCUGUCAAGGAGAGGUUAUGGGCCGCUGCAGAUCUAGAUUCAGGUAGAAGGGCGGAGAUGCAUGGAUGGCGUGGAAUUUGUGGUUGGCGUCCUUUUUACUAAUGUCUUUGUUUACCGCGUUGCUUUUACUAGCUUUCACAUGAUACCUCGUUAAGAAGAGAGCAACAACGUACUUGGACUAAUAGGUGAUCUAGCGAUACGGAAAGGAAGGAAAGAUCUCUUCUCUUUGCGAGCUAUCAUCACUUACGGAAAUUCCUUUUCUAGAAAUUUAAACUAGCGACAUGGGUGGCUAUUUGAAUAGUUGGCAGACGGGCAGAUGCAUGGUUGCACGAGCAAGAGAUCUUUCCAUGCCUCUGAUUACCCGUAUACAGAUAAUUUAAGAACCUAACACAAAUAUUGCGGCCGCGAUGGUAAAAUACUGGUUCUGAUGUGAAAUAUUACGUACUGAUAUACCCGGGCACUUGUAGUCCCAUGUAAAUAACCUCAUGAUUGGCUGUUGAUGGAUGGUAUACCUAAUAAGGUUGGACUAGCCUCUUGCAAUAUACUACCUAAUGUACAAGU